AUGGACCCUUCCAAAAGCUAUGAAAGCCAUCAUGCAGAGGAAGAAUGCCAAAGCAGUGAGUCAGGGUGGACAAUGUACCUUGGCUCUCGCUUAGAUGGCGAAAACGAUCAUCACCAACAUCAUCAAGAUCACAGUGAUGAUGAUUACCAGGAUGGAAGAAAACAUGGAUAUGAUCACAAGGAUGACAGUGAUGAUUCCAUGGUUUCUGAUGCUUCUUCUGGUCCAAGUACCCAUCAGAGGUCCAGGUCAGUUUAUGUUGGCAAGCAAGAAGAGAAGGCCAAGACCAAGAAAAAAAGUACAUCAGGAGCUGCAAGGAUGAGUCGGGAAUACAGUAAAGCAGCCGAGAAGAAGGCGAAGAUCAUAAACUCAAAAGCCAAGUAG